AUGGUCGCUCCGACGUGCAAAGAUUUACAGGAUACUAACAAUAGACAGCAGGGAGAAAUCGAUUCCUUACAUCUAAAGGUUAAUCAGCUAGCCUUACAUAUCACUACAACAUCAACUAAGGAGGAUGUACAAACAGUGAAGAUAGAGAUUAAAAAGAGUAUGCAGUCUCUUCGAUCUGAAUUCGAGAAGACUUUGAAAUCUCAGCUAGCAAAAUUUUUUUCUAACAAUCGAGAUUCAGAGGAAGCAGAAGGAUCUACAGGUGGUUUUGCUCAUACUGGAGGUAACAAUUUGUUUGCUCACAUCAACAAUCGUGACCCUCAUUCCUUUCAUCGUAUUCCUAAACUCGAUUUCCCUAGAUUCGACGGCGAGAACCCAAAAAGUUGGAUACAGAAAUGUGAGUAUUGCUUUCAGAUGCAAGGCGUUCCAGACAUCAAUAGGACAAGAAUGGCUGCUAUUCAUCUGGAUGGCAAAGCAACUAAGUGGUAUGACAAUCUCUGUAUUACUCAACCUCAUAUUUCUUGUCAAUGCUUUUGUGAAAACCUUUGUGCUCGUUUUGAGAACCCAGCUCAUGAUAAUAUCGUGGGUUUAUUCAAUAAGUUGGUUCAGUUAACUACAAUUGAGGCUUAUUUUGAAGAAUUUGAAUAUUUAAAGGCAUUGUUAUUGAGUGUUCACCCACAAUUCCCCGAAACUUACUUUAUAGCUAGUUUCAUUGGUGGUCUAAAGGAAGAACUCAGGAGUUCAGUACUAAUGUUUAACCCACAGACAUUGUUAAAUUUUUUUUCCCUUGCUAGAAUGCAAGAACAAACACUGAGCUUACAGCAUAGGGUGACAAAAAGAGCUCACAUUUGCAAGAAGCAAUAUCUUUGUGUUUUGAUUGGUGAAGAACCUUCAGGCAGUUCAGAGCAGGAGGAUGAGUUAAUUAUGGACACAGAGGAAGCACCUGUUGUAGAAAGUGAUAUGGAGAUUUCUUUGCAUGCCUUGACAGGGAUUGUAUCUGCUGAUACCAUUAGAAAUCCUGGUACACUGCACAAGAAUCCCAUCUUUAUCCUCAUUGAUACAGGUAGCACUAACAGUUUCAUUGACAGUGCUCUGGCAAAGGAACUCCAAUGUCCAGUUACUCAUACUGCUAGCUUACUAGUGACUGUGGCCAAUGGGGAGAAAACAAUCAGCUCAAGUAUCUGUUCUCAACUUAAUUGGUCAAUGCAAGGACAUAAAUUCUGUGGGGACUUAAGAUUAAUUCCAUUGGGAGGUUGUGACAUUGUUUUGGGGGCUGACUGGCUCAGAAAUUUGGGUGAUGUAUUAUUCAAUCUUUCCAAGCUUUGCAUUACAUUCAAAUACAUGGGUAAGAAUAUCACUCUUACUGGAUCUCCACAAAAAACUUCACUUAGCAUGAUGAGUGGUUUGGCAGUGAAGAAAUUCCUUCAAAAACACUCACAUGGGUUGGUAGGCCAAUUAUUUUCAAUCUCUUCUCAACCUCCUCCCUCACCACCACCCCAAAUUUCUUCCUUGUUAACUCAAUACAAGGAUGUCUUUGAUGAGCCAACAAAACUCCCUCCUACAAGGGACCUAAACCAUAAAAUACCAUUGAAACCAAACUCUGAACCAGUUAACCUCAGGCCUUACAGGUCCCCCUAUUUGCAGAAGGCAGUGGUAGAAAGCUUAGUUAAGGAAAUGUUGCAGACUGGUAUAAUUCAGCUAAGUAACAACCCUUUUGCCUCUCCUAUUCUCUUUGUCAAGAAGAAAGACAACUCUUGGAGGUUCUGUGUAGACUACAGAAAACUCAACAGUCUCACCAUCAAGGAUAAAUUUCCCAUUCCUGUCAUUGAUGAGCUCCUAGAUGAACUGCAUGGAUCCAAAUUUUUUUACCAAGAUUGA